UGGGGUCCGGAAUGAAAUAAGCGGAAGAGCCGACAGACGGAAGACUCGGCGGAAGCGGUCUGUCAGGGAAGAAACAUUUGCAGAAUUUGACACAAAGAAGCCUAAGGAUCUAAAACAUUUUAUAUUUCGAUAAAAACGUAUUCCCCAGUCCGCUGCAAUGAUUCUGCUAGAAAUCAACAACCGGAUUAUAGAAGAGACGCUGACGUUGAAAUUUGACGGCGCAUCCAAUGGGACUAAACCAGAGGCAGUGGAGGUGACAUUUGCAGAUUUCGAUGGUGUCCUCUACCACAUCUCCAACCCCGAUGGGGACAAGACUAAGCUGAUGGUCAGCAUCUCCCUUAAGUUCUACAAGGAGCUGCAGGAGCACGGAGCUGAUGAGCUGCUGAAGCGGGUCUAUGGGAACUUCCUGGUUUCACCCGAGGCGUGCUACAACGUGUCCCUGCUCUUUGACCUGGAUGCGGUCCCGGCCAACAAGGAGGAAGUGAUCCACCAGGCGGGCAUGCUGAAGAGGAACUGCUUCGCUUCGGUGUUUGAGAAGUACUUCAAGUUCCAGGAGGAGGGCAAGGAGGGAGAGACGAGGGCCGUGGUCCACUACAGAGACGACGAGUCCAUGUAUCUGGAGGCCAAGAAGGACAGAGUGACGGUGGUGUUCAGCACUGUGUUCAAAGACGACGAUGAUGUCAUCCUUGGGAAAGUGUUCAUGCAGGAGUUUAAGGAGGGUCGGCGAGCCAGUCACACUGCCCCCCAGGUUCUAUUCAGCCACCGGGAGCCGCCCCUGGAGCUGAAGGACACUGACGCCGCCGUUGGAGACAACAUCGGCUACAUCACCUUCGUCCUGUUCCCACGUCACACCAACGCCAACGCCAGAGACAACACCAUCAACCUCAUCCACACCUUCAGGGACUACCUGCACUACCACAUAAAGUGCUCCAAGGCCUACAUCCACACACGUAUGAGGGCUAAGACUUCUGACUUCCUCAAGGUGUUGAACAGGGCUCGACCCGACGCUGAGAAGAAGGAGAUGAAGACCAUGUCGGGCAAGACGUUCUCCCGCUGAGGCUGGUCCACACGCGCACUCUGACCCCUGGACAUGCCCAAUCGUGCCACACUGAGACUCGACUCCACAUUGGACAGAUUCACAGGCCCCGAAAGCCCCGCCCAGCGCGUGUACAUCCUGUCUUUUUUAAAUAAAGUUGUCUCUUAGUAGAAAUCGAGGCUUAAACAAAUAAAAAGGGCAUUCCUUGCUUUGCAUAGUUAAAAGAUAAUUAUUAGUCCUAUAUAAAUAUAUAUAUAUAUAUAUUAAAAAAAUAUGAUGUUUUGAUACGAUAUCUUUUACUCCAUUUGGUACUCUUUACCUUGCUCCCUCCCUCCCUGGUGGUGUCCAUAACUUCAGAACCCCUCCUUGCUCCCUCCCUCCCUGGGGGUGUCCAUAACUUCAGAAGCCCUCCUUGUUCCCUCCCUCCCUGGGGGUGUCCAUAACUUCAGAAGCCCUCCUUGCUCCCUCCCUCCCUGGGGGUGUCCAUAACUUCAGAACCCCUCUCUUUCUCCUUCCUUCCUCCCUGGUGGUGUCCAUAACUUCAGAACCCCUCUCUUUCUCCUUCCUCCCUCCCUGGGGGUGUCCAUAACUUCAGAACCCCUCUCUUUCUCCUUCCUCCCUCCCUGGUGGUGUCCAUAACUUCAGAACCCCUCUCUUUCUCCUUCCUUCCUCCCUGGUGGUGUCCAUAACUUCAGAACCCCUCUCUUUCUCCUUCCUUCCUCCCUGGUGGUGUCCAUAACUUCAGAACCCUUCCUUGCUCCCUCCCUCCCUGGUGGUGUCCAUAACUUCAGAACCCCUCCUUGCUCCCUCUCUCCCUGGGGGUGUCCAUAACUUCAGAACCCCUCCUUGCUCCCUCCCUCCCUGGUGGUGUCCAUAACUUCAGAACCCCUCCUUGCUCCCUCUCUCCCCGGGGGUGUCCAUAACUUCAGAACCCCUCCUUGCUCCCUCCCUCCCUGGGGGUGUCCAUGACUUCAGAACCCCUCUCUUUCUCCUUCCUUCCUCUCUAUGCUGCCAUGUUGUCUGUACCAUUGUCAUUGGAAAAAUAAACCAGUCUUAUAAAAAUCCUUA